AUGACAGUAUAUUGCAUCCACUGUCAUUUGGCAUUUCACGUGGCCGAUCUGCAACCCAACUUCACAAUUUUGGUACAAAUCUGUCUGCUUGCCUGGCAUCGGGGACAGAAUCGGAUGCAAAAACCGAAGGAUGAGCAAAUGUGGAAUAAUAAAUUUAGGCGUGUUUACAAGCCUCCGGUAGGUGGCAAAUUUAGUGACGCCGCAGGCAGCGGCAUUUCUCUCGAUUCCAUGUUGGAGGAGUCGAGACACAGCAGCUCCGUGACCUUAAAAGAGGUGGAAUCUACCAAUCGUACACUGGUUGGUUGCUCGCGCUUCAUUAAGAGUGACACAAUGAAGUUGGAGCCUUUAAAGUCGAAGAAACAAGAAGGGGCGGCUGCUAAUGCUGCCAAAACAGGUCAUCAGCUCAUUGUCGAUGGUCUUCCGCCCAAAUCAAAAGAAAAUGACAUUCGCAGCCUCUUUGGUCGAUUUGGUACCGUUACACAAGUGAGGGUGGAUGCAAAUAUGCUCAGAGCCUCCGUCAAUUCCUCCACUGCAGAGGCUCUCCAAAUGGCAAUGGCGGCGGCCCCUCCCCGCUUCAAGGGUGUGAAUCUUCGCGUCACCUUGCCUGAUGAGCAUAAACGGAUUUCUCCUUCCCUUAAAACUGAUGCCAAAGACGAAGUACCCACGCAAGUUGCAGGUUCUAAAUUCAAACUGAACGUGGACAAUUCGUCUCAUUUACGGCUGCAGAGUUCAAAUGUAUCAUUUACCAAAACGAAUAAAGGCGAAAGUUCGGAGAAAUAA